GAAUAGAUGUCCCAAACUCAAAAACUUUCUUCAGAACCCAACUGCCCAAAAAUUAAUUACUACGUUCACCGCCUUUUAAACCAACCUUUCAAGGUAACAUUCAUUAUUCAAUUUUUAGAAUUUGCACCACUUUCUCCCUUUCCGAGACUACUAACUUCCUUUAUGGAAUAUAUAUACACACUAUUGAUGCUGGUAGCAUAAUACAAUUACGGGUCUUUGAAGUGAAACGAGCUAUGGAGCAGCAAAGAACCGAAGCAACUGAGUCUUUGCUUGUAAGACAAGGAAACAACAACCUUGUUUACAAUGAAGAAAACAGUGGUGUUGGUGUUGGGGAUGGAGGGUCGGUGGCUGUUUCUGAUGUUACCACCAUUCUUGGUCUUAGCACCUUUGUGGCAGCUUGUAUUGCCUUUGGGUCUGGCUGUGCUCUGGGAUAUUCAUCACCUACUCAAUUUUCAAUCAUGGAAGACUUGGGACUUUCUGUUGCUGAGUUUUCAUUUUUUGGUUCAAUUCUGAGUAUUGGAUCACUUCUAGGUGCUGCAAUAAGUGGGAAGAUAACAGAUUUGCUUGGCCGGAAAUUGACCAUGAGGAUUUUGAAUUUGUUCUACAUCGGAGGCUGGCUUGCCAUAGCAUUUACAAAGACCCCUUGGUUGCUUGACCUUGGAAGAAUAUCACUAGGAUUCACAAUUGGAAUUUUUUCUUACUUGAUGCCCAUCUAUAUUUCUGAAAUAACAACAAAGAAUGUAAGAGGAAGAUUUACAGCCAUACCCGCGUUGACGGUUGGUUGGGGCAUAUCGUUCAUGUAUGUUGUCGGUUCCUUUGUCAGUUGGCGCACAUUGGCUCUGAUAGCUACUAUUCCUGGUCUACUUCAACUGCUACCACUCUUCUUCAUACCAGAAUCUCCGCGAUGGCUGGCAAAAGUUGGCCGUGACGAAGAGAUUGAAGAUGUUUUGUUGUGCCUCAGGGGAAAUAAAGCUGAUAUUUUUAAUGAAGCAGCUGAAAUAAAAGAUUUUGUGGAAUCUCUUAAAAGUUCCUCAAAGGAAGGAAUGCUAGAAAUAUUUCAAAAGAAGUAUGUUCGACAAUUACUUACUGUUGCUGGAAUGAUAAUCCUAAUGAAUUUGGGAGGAGUCAAUGCGUUUGCGUUUUAUUCUGGCGUUAUCUUUGUCUCAGCUGGUUUAUCUAGUAUGGUUGGACUCACCACACUGGCUGCUACUCAGACAAUUGUUGGAAUUGUGGGUAUACUCCUAAUUGAUAAAUUAGGAAGGCGACCGCUCCUACUGGUGUCUACAGCUGUAUUGUGUUUCAGUAGCUUCCUCACAGGAUUAUCAUUUUUCUUAAAGGAAUUAAAUUUGUGGGAGCAAGGUAGUCCUGUUUUGGCACUCAUUGGCUUAUUGAUGUACACGGGAUCUACCAUAGUUGGCGCAGGAAUAACUUCGCUGUUAUUAUCAGAGUUAUUUCCAAUAAAUAUAAAAGGUUCAGCAGGAAGCAUAUGUAAUUUUAUGGGCAGUUUCACUGGUUGGAUUGUUGCAUAUUACUUUAACUUCCUACGUGAAUGGAGCUCAACAGGGACAUUCUUUAUAUUUUCAGCCUUUUUCUGUACAAAUUUCAUCCUAUCAGCAACAAUGGUGCCCGAGACUAAAGGACGAACACUGGAGGAAAUACAGGCAUCAAUUAGUCAUUCUUCAGUUUAAAAUACCAUCAGCAAUUUGCUUUAAAAUUUGAUCUGUCUUGCUGUUGUAGAUGCCAAACUCUUUAGCGGCAUAGCUUUUUCCCAGCUACAACAUGCCAUCGAUAUUAAUAAGUGACAAUGGGAAAUGACGAGGCUAAAACCCAAUAACAUUAUUGUAUCUGUCUUUGUCUCUAUCAGUUAGGCAAGAUAAAAA